GUUAGCUUCACUUCACGGCUGAUUGACAGACGGUGCGGGGCGUCUGGUGCAGUGGGUCAAAGCUUUGAUCGGCUGCCCGCGGUGUCGUCUCGUUACGGGUUUUUCAAAGAGCCCGCCUGACGGACGGUCUGUUUCGGUGCGAAAACUCGGUGCUUUUGUGCGAGCGGGUGCGCGUGAAGCUUUGUGAAGGCACAUAAUGGGGCGGCCUCCCCCUGCAGUGGAGUCUGUCGUAGCCCUGGAACAUGAAUUAAAGUCGCCUAUCCUUUGUACAAGGCAUUCCCUCCGGUUUGGCCAAUGGGAAUUCGGGCAAGAGGGAAUCCAUGAAGUCAGAGGGCACGAAAGACUCACACAGUGAUCAGGAAGAGGGUGGAGAUGAAGACCACUCGAACGGGCGAGCAGACCCCCUCAGAGAGGCCACCGAACUGAACGGGACCUAUGAGAACACGGACACAAAGCGAAGCGAGCAGGACCUCUCUACGCAAGGGUCAUCGGUCAGAUCUUCAGCCAUGGAGAACGGACUGUUAGACACUGAGUUGCCUCAUGGCUCUACGGUGGGCAGUAAUGGAUUUAUCCUAAGCAAACAGCAGGAGGACACCAUCUCUUCCCCACACAGGACUAACUGGUCCCCUGUUGGGGGUUCCACAUUGGGGCAAGGGACUAAAAACAUUCCUUCUGCACCUUCUACGUUACAAUCUCCAGACCAGUGCUCUCCGAAAACUGACACAAACCCAGGACCAAUGCAAACAGAAAGACGGGCGGAAACAGAGACUAAAAAUGGCAUAGUGUCAAAUGCGCCCCCGCCUGUAACGAUACACCGUGCACGCAAAACGAUGUCAAGGCCGGCCUCGAAUCAGACACUAAAGCUUUUAAAUAGGGAAAAUAAGGCGCCAAUCGUUGUGAAAGACGACAGUGUGGAGAAACCAGAGGCACUGCAGCCAUCUCCAAUCCAGAAUCAGCUACCUCAAAGCCAACCUGAUGCCACAUCUUUACUGACCGCCACACCAACCAAGCCACAAACAGUAGCACCAGUGUCAAGGAAGAAAAAGAGGAAGAUGGGAACAUACAGCCUUGUCCCCAAGAAGAAGAAUAAAGUCUUGAAACAGCGCACAGUUCUGGAGAUGUUUCAGUGUAUGUCCCAAUCGUCAUCCAACCCUCAGCAGCCAAAGGAGGCAGUACAUGUGAAUGGAGAGAGGAUGGAGAAUGAUUCUGACGAAGAGGAGUCAGACGAAGAUGACACAGAGGAUGAGGAGGAGGUGUCCACAGAGGAUGGAGUCAAAACAUCUCCGGACGAGUAUCGGUCAGCUUCUGUUUCGCAGGCUCUUGAGGAUGAACAGGAGUCUGAGGAAUCACAGGAAGGCGAAGAGGAAGGGGACGAAUCCGAUUUGAGUUCAGAGUCAAGCUUGAAGAAGAAAUGGAAAAAGAAGGUCAAGGGAGAUCAUGCUUGGCUCCUGCCGUCAAGGAAACGCAAGAGGAAAUUGAAAGCAAAGUCUGAAGGACUGUCUGGAAUGGACUCACAGUCCCAAUCAGAGAGCCAGAACUCACCAUCAGCCACUUCUGACAACAGGAAGGAGUAUAGAGAAGUCUCGCUAGACUCUCUGAAUCUGCCAGCACAGGAAGCCCUGCUGACAUCUAAAAACACAGCUGUUUCAGGACCAGCCGAGAACACGGAUGUCGAUAUGGUCCAGGAACUGCCCCUCUGCAGCUGUCGAAUGGAGACGCCCAAGAGCAGAGAGAUCCUUACCCUGGCAGACAGGAAGUGUAUGGCGACUGAGAGCGUAGAUGGCCAGCUGAGUCGAUGUCAGAGCGCAGUGCUGAAGCACGAGAUGAUGAGGCCUUCAAACUCAGUCCAGCUGCUGGUUCUGUGCGAGGACCAUCGCACUGGCAUGAUCAAACAUCAGUGCUGCCCAGGCUGUGGCUACUUUUGCAGAGCAGGUACCUUCAUGGAGUGCCAGCCGGAGGUGAAUAUCUCCCAUCGUUUUCAUCGAGCCUGUGCCUCGGUUCUGAACGGUCAAAGCUUUUGUCCACACUGUGGAGAGGAGGUCAGCAAAGCCAAAGAGGUCACCAUUGCCAAGGCUGAUACGACCUCCACUGUGCCUCUCACCCAAGGCCCCUGCACCCCCAGCACUUCCGAAGGCAAAGCGGACACCACGACAGGAGGGUCCACUCGACUCUCUGUUCUUGGUGAGGGAAGAGCGGACAGCUCCAUACCCAAACCUCCAGAGUCUCUUGAAACUUCUCUGUCUCCUGUGGGAUCCAAAUCAGUGACUUUGGGGGCAGGAAUCGCUUUUGGACCUCCCCUAGGACCGCCUAAAGAAACUCUGGAAAGUGUCUUGCUGGCUUUGGAUGCCGAGAAACCCAAGAAACUUCGGUUUCAUCCAAAACAGCUGUAUAUUUCGGCCAAACAAGGUGAACUGCAGAAGGUUUUGCUGAUGCUGGUGGAUGGAAUAGAUCCAAACUUUAAAAUGGAGAGUCAGAACAAACGUACACCGCUUCAUGUAGCUGCUGAGGCGGGACAUCAGGAAGUUUGCCACAUGCUUGUACAGGCUGGUGCAAACCUUGACAUGUGUGAUGCGGACCAGAGGACACCCCUGAUGGAGGCAUGCGAGAACAACCACUUGGAAACAGUGCGCUACUUGCUGCGGGCUGGAGCUAUCGAAUCUCACAAGGAUGUUGAAGGUUCGACAUGCCUUCAUCUUGCUGCUAAGAAUGGCCACUUUGCCAUUGUACAACAUCUGCUGUCUACAGGCCUUAUAGAUAUUAACUGCCAGGAUGAUGGCGGCUGGACAGCCAUGAUUUGGGCCACGGAAUACAAACAUGUUGACCAAGUGAAACUCCUGCUCUCCAAAGGGGCCGAUAUUAACAUCCGUGAUAAGGAGCAAAAUAUCUGUUUGCACUGGGCGGCGUUUUCUGGCUGUGUGGCGAUCGCCGAGAUCCUGCUGGAGGCGAAGUGUGAUAUUAAUGCCCUCAACACCCACGGUGACUCGCCGCUUCACAUAGCGUCACGGGAGAACCGGAUCGACUGUAUCAACAUGUUUCUGUCACGGGGGGCGCACGCAAACCUGAAGAACAAAGAGGGAGAUACUCCCAUGCAGUGUUGUAGCCAAGCUCCGAAGGUUUGGAGCGCCCUGCAAGCCAACAAGAAGCAGCGAGAAACUAACUGCAGCCAGAGCGCCCCUACAGAGAAACUUCUGAACCGGGAUAUCGCUAGGGGCUACGAGAAAGUUCCCGUUCCGUGCGUGAAUGCAGUGGACAGCGAACCUUAUCCCGACAACUACAAGUAUAUCCCCAACAGCUGCGUAACUUCCCCAAUGAACAUCGACAAAAACAUUACUCACUUGCAGUAUUGUGUAUGUAAAGACGACUGCUCCUCGGCAAACUGCAUGUGCGGCCAACUCAGCCUGCGCUGCUGGUAUGAUAAAGAGAGCCGUCUGUUGCCCGAGUUCUGCAGCGAGGAGCCGGCCCUUAUUUUCGAGUGUAAUCACGCCUGCUCGUGCUGGAGAACCUGCAAGAACCGUGUCGUACAAAACGGAAUGAGGUCAAGACUGCAGUUGUUCAGGACACAACUGAUGGGAUGGGGCGUCAAGACAUUGCAGGACAUCCCGCAAGGGACCUUCGUUUGCGAAUACGUGGGUGAGAUCAUCUCUGACGCCGAGGCAGAUGUCAGGGAGAACGACUCCUAUCUUUUCAGUCUAGACAACAAGGUCGGUGAUAUGUACUGCGUUGAUGCCCGUUUCUACGGUAACAUCAGCCGCUUCAUAAACCAUCACUGUGAUCCCAAUCUGUUUCCCUGUCGAGUGUUCACCUCCCACCAGGACCUGAGGUUUCCUCACAUCGCCUUCUUCGCCAGCAAGAACAUUAAUGCUGGAGAUGAACUUGGGUUUGAUUACGGCGAUCACUUCUGGGACGUAAAGGGAAAGUUGUUCAGUUGCCUGUGUGGCUCAUCCAAAUGUAAACAUUCGGCAGCCGCCAUCGCCCAGAGACAGGCGGACAGCACGCCCGGCGACCAGCAGCCCAGCGCUCUGCCCGACACCAGCUCAUCCACCCCAUCGAGUCCCAGUUAGACCCACGUCUCUACCAUCUGAUAUCUGGUUCUUCUACCAACCUGUCACCUUCCUUCACCAGCAUGGCCAUCACUAACAGCGCCAAACCAAGAAUCAAGCGACAGCCUGGGCUAUUUGAGCUACACCCACAAUGACACAUUGUGGUCCUGAUUGGCUGACGCUACAAUUGAGGCACAUUGAUCGCAUUGAAAAGUGUUUGGUGUACAGAAGGUGAGAACUGCACAUUUGGGCUGGACUUGAAGUGUUUAAUUCUCAACUCCACCCAUCUGGAAAACAGUAAACUAAGUGUCAUAAAAUGAGCUCUAAACGGAUUGUUUUCUCAGAAAUCGGGGCCAGUUAGGGAACUGUCUUUGAAAACUACCGUAUUCUUGAUGGCGAGCAGUGCGCGCACAACUCGGACGCCAUCUUGUGGUUACGUCUUCAACUUGCUUUUCUGAACUUCAGACAUUCUCUUGCAUAUUUCUGUUCAUCUUUAUGGAUUCCGUUCUGUACACUUUUACUUUAGCAUUCAAGAUCUGAAAGAUUCCAAGUGAAUUUGAAAAUACGAUCAUUUAACUGUUCCCACAUUCAUGUGCUGUCCUUCCUAGGUUUUAUACAGAAUAUGGAUCAUGAUGUGAUUUUGAAAGACUGACCCUGUGCUUUCUCAUUACAAUCGAGCUCAUAAAUCAACUUUACAUAUAGGCUUCUCUAUUGUCGUCUGUGGGAUGGCCCCUCGUGCCCUUCUAUGAUUGGUUCACAGACGCCGGGCGUCGUGCCAGUGCUACCCAAAUCCACGAAGAUGUCAAAAACGCACAUUCUUGGCCUGUUUCUCCAAGUUGUGAAUGCCUGGACAAGGCCUAAAUUGUGUCUAGAGUCCUAUGGGUCAUUUCGAGCAUGUUACAGGCGUGGAUAGACAAGGCUGUUCUGAAAUGCAAAUGACACGUAACACCAUCACUGCAAACGAAACUGUAAGAUAUUUUUAACAUUUCUGUACUUUCAGUUACAAUGACGGAACCUAUCAGCAUGCUUUCGAGACAUGUGCUUUAGGAUUAGGACUGGAAAGUGUACUUGUGGUUGAAUGAAACGCGAAUAGGAAACGCAAAUGGUGCUGAAAAAGGUUUUUUGUUAUGUUUAUUUUUUUAUUACUCACUAAGUGAAUACAAGUUGUAAAAUACAAGCGAGCGUUUCAUUUUUUCACUUGUAUUUUGAAAUUUACCUCUGGUUUUCUAACUGUUGUUGACAUUUAGCCUGUCUCAAGUUUGUUCCAUAAGUUCAUUGAUGGUGAAGCUCUUUCUGUCUUUUUAAAUGUCGAUAGUGUAGUGACGUCCUUUGUGCAAAUCAAGACAGAUACACAACACUGCAACAUGAAACAAAACAACGAGGAAGGUGAAAACUGUAACAUAUUUCUGGACAGCGAAACAUGAUACACAAUCCAACUGGUUGUGUUUUUCUUUUUCAAUAAAUUUACUACUAAUAAAAGAGGAUCUCUCUAGUUUUUAUGCUGCAAUAACAUCGUGUGAUGACGAUGAAUGUCAAUUUUUGGAAUGGAAGCCUAAUGAAGAAAAUGGAUAAUGGUAAAUAACAGCACGUUGACAUCAGUCAUCUAAAAAUACUUGGGGAAAGAUUAUAGUUAAUUACAAUAUUAAAGCUUUAAUUUCACAAACAAAAAAAGAAUUAUUUUAUCAAUAAUUUGUAGUUUCACUUUUAAAGGGAUACUUCACCCA